AGCAACUGCAAAGUUUAAUGCAAAGCAUGGGUGUUUAAAGUGUUCCAUUGUUGGGGAAUACAUCAAACCGGAACGCAAAGUUAUAUUUGAUUCCGUGAACGCCGAGUUGCGUACGGACGCCGGCUUAAGACAACGAGUGGACAAAGAUCAUCAUAAAGAAUGGCGGACACCAAUCGAAGAUGUGGACAAUUUUGAUAUGAUACGCGGUUUCGUUGUUGCCGACCGCGUUCACCUGAUUGAUUUGGGGUGUACCAGAUUAUUUGUCCAAGGGUUUUUAAAACGCAAAUUUAAAAAGUUUUGUAGAUGGUCACCCCAACAGAAGGAAGCUGUAUCUAAAUUUAUGGUGCAGAUUCGGCUUCCUUCGGAAGUGAACCGUCCUGUACGGUCUUUCCUAUAUGUCCGUUUUUGGAAGGCAACCGAAUACCGGUCCUUCCUUCAUUAUAUUAGUGUUGUGGUCUGGAGGGAUUUUUUUACAAAUCAACAAUACAAUCACUUCUUGUGCUACUACUGCGGUGUGACGAUUUUUUCGUCCUCGGCACACCAGCGAUUAUGGCCUCUUGCUGAAAAGCUCCUUACACAUUUUGUGAAGGAGUUUCGCAAGUAUUACGGUCGAGCCUAUCUAACUAGCAAUGUCCACAAUUUGAUACACGUGGCAGGAGAUGUUGCAAAUUGUGGACCGCUUGAUAAUUUUUCCACAUAUGCGUUUGAAAAUUAUCUUCAGAUAAUCAAACGGUAUGUGAAAUCGGGCACACGAGUAGCAGCACAGGUGGCGGCCCGGAUGCAAGAAAUUGCAUCUAUUGAAGUGGCUGCCAAUCGUACUGUUCUUACUUAUCCCCGGUUGAAGGAAAAUGGUGCUGGUCUACUCGUAGCCGCUGAUUUUAUCCUGCUGCCGAAUUUCAAAGAUCAAUGGUUCUUAACCAAAGAUCAUGGCAUUGUGAAGUUUUUGGAAGUAAAGAAAUUGGAUUCUUUACUUUACGUUAUAACUGGAAUCCAGUACGAGUACUGCACGGAGUUGUUUAGUUUGUCAGUAGACGAUCCAGCUAUCCAACUGUCGUCUACUGACUUAAACAUUUAUAAAAUUAAAGAAUCUUCUCCGCGCAGGAAAGUGGAAGUACCGCAUUAUAUGAUAUUUUGUAAACUUGUAUCGUACUAUCUACCUCCUUCCUCUCUUGCCCUACGACCUCCCAAUCCUCCUUUAGAUUCUGAUACUAUCGCUUUGUUUCCUCUUCUGCACACUUUUCAAACUGACACAGAUUUCAGCUCCAACUAAUAUUUUUCAUCUAACUUUCGACUAAUACUUUUAUUUUCCAGUAAAAUAGGCUGUACUUCCAUCACUCGACUGGAUUUUGUUGCCCGAUUCAUGGUAGGACGAUCGUUUUUACCGCUUUGUGCGUUGUAAAGCUCUCAGUGGACAUUUAGGUUAAGCAUAUUUAUAACAUGGGUAGUUCAGUGGAGGUAAGGUGUAUCAUAUAGCGAAGAGGAGGGAAAAUGACCACUGCAGAUACAUAGCUUUAUGUUUGCCAUGCGGGCCCCCAUGCUUUGCAAUGCUCGCAUUUCCGUAAGCCUUUUACUAGCGAGCCGCUGUGUCCUCGAGAUCACUACGUUUAGGGUUUGAUUAAAUGCUGUAGUUUGGUUUGGGUAUAAUUGUUGGCUGGUUGGUACUAAUAAACUAACAGACUAACAUUAAACUAACAUUUUUCAUCAUAUUACAAAAAAAAUGAUAAUGAAGUUAGUAAAUUUGAUUAAAAAAAUGAAAAUAGUAAAUGAUAUUAGUUUGUAACUAUUUAGUUUAAAAAAAUUGCAUAUUGGUAACGCAUAUAUUGAGACACGCGCGCGUAAAUGUGAGUCAAUACAUGUAUUGCUCACUCGUAAUUGUUAUGCUAUAUUUAUCCCGAACAAUCUCAAUAUAGGGCGUGGGAAUGAGGUGGACCUUCAUUAUCAUUUUUUAAUAAUUUAACAGGCUAGGCCAUUUAUUAUAAGCUACAAUUCAUUAAAUGCUUUAAUCAUUGAAAAAUUCAUCUUUCAAAAAAAAAUUAAAAAAAAUUGACUAAACUAAACACUUACGAAACUAACAACUCAUGCAACAAAAAAUUUACUAAACUAAACACUUACGAAACUAACAACUCAUGCAACAAAAAAUUCACUAAACUAAACACUUACGAAACUAACAACUCAUGCAACAAAAAAUUCACUAAACUAAACACUUACGAAACUAACAACUCAUGCAACAAAAAAUUCACUAAACUAAACACUUACGAAACUAACAACUCAUGAAAACUUAAUAUAUACAACCCAACACCCUAAACUAAUCUAAUCUAAAAAAACACUACUCCUUGCGCUUACGCUUAAACGAUCCUCUACAAACGCUUUUCACUACACCAGUAGUGUUUGCGCUGCAUUUAGCGUUUUGUAGCUUAGUCUUAAAAAUUUUUUCCAAUUCUAAACUCUGAACAGGUUGCCCUGCCGUUUCUCCUACAUCUCUAAAAAGCCGCAGAACAUUGCCAUAUUUUUUAAAUUGCACUUUACCACCUCUACCGCUCCAACUACACUCCGAUAAAAAUACCCGAUUAAAUGUGAGGUAAAGUGCCUCAUGCAUGCGCUGCUUCGUUGUGGUGCCUUCAAUUUUAGUAGCCAGUCUGUUGAGCACUACGUUGUAGUGCUCCACCGACGCCAACUGUUCGUUCAACCCGUUAAACGCUUCUAGGGAAGAAAUGAGGGGAAUAAUCUCUUCAUCUCUUCCCGUAGAUGGUACUACAAACGUUUGGCGUUGGUGGAGCAUGCUCGUAUUCGUAUGGCUGCUAUUCUUUAGGUCUGCUACCGCUUUCGUUAACGUGUACACCUGCUUACACACUUCUUUCGAAAUGUGCAUGCAUGGGCAACCGCCUGCUGCACCACCGCAUUCAAUCGGAGUAUCCUGCGAGUCCAUCGUACAGCUAAAAUAAUCAAAAUCCAUUAUUCAAUAACACCGGCG